GUUAGUGGGGGAUGAUGGCGUCGAGGUGCCUGACACGGGCAGGGAGAAGAGGGCUCGGCAGACCAUGAUUGACGAGAUGUACGCCAGGGAGAAGUUGGCCGAGUUCACAGACGCGUGGCUUCAGUGGAUCUACGUGAAUAAGUUGCCAUGCAACGCCUUCCGUGGUCCGGAGUUCCAGAGGAUGCGGCAGGCAGUAGAGAGAAUGCCUCGCUCUAUCUUGUUCCGGUUUCCCUCCUACAGGGUUACAGCGGGCGCCGGAAUCCCUUUGCAGAGGGCGAAGGUGGCGACGAUGGUGAGCGAGGUGUGCGCCAGUUUCCGGCACAGCGGUGCCACUAUCCUUUCCGACGGGAGGAAGUCACGCAGCGGCAAGCCGCUCGUGAACUUGCUCGCCGGGGGCGCCAAUGGCGCCCUGCUGUACGCCACCGUCGCACGUGACGGGUCGGUCCGAGACACAACAGACGUCGUGUACCGUAGGUGGCGGGCCAUCAUCUUGUCCUUUCCUGCAAAGGACAUGAUCGGCUUCUGCACAGACUCCGCCAGUAACUAUACGGCGGCAGCGCGCAGGUUUGCCACAGACCCCGAGCCUGACAUCAGGAGGAUCACAUGGCUCCCCUGCUCCACCCAUGUCUGCAACUUGAUGUUGUCAGAUAUCGGGACACGAGUGGUGUGGGUCAAGGAGACCAUCAUCCGCGCUCAAGCGCUUGUGCGAUUUAUUAAAUCGCACGGCGCUGCUCACACCCUGUUUAGGAAGGUGAACCCUCACGUUCAACUCGUCGAGCCCGUUGAGACACGGUUUGCAUCGGUUUUCCUAAUGCUGACGUGUCUCAAAGGCCGACGAGACGCGUUGGAGAGCAUGUUGCACGGGGAUGCUUGGGCACGCAUCCCGUGGGAUCGCGCCCACGUAUCUCAGGCGCAGUGGGUGCAGCAGCAGAUUCGGGACGGGGAGUUUUGGCAGCGUGUCAAGUACGCCAUCCUAUUGAUGAGGAGGGUGGAGGUGCCGGAGGACAUGAUCGAGCCGUGCGUGCAUGACGUUGCCAUCCACAACCUCCACAUGCUAAAGCCCGCACAUGCCGCGGCCCACCUCCUCAACCCUCGUCGACGGUCCCUCACGUAUUACCAUUCGCUGGAGACGACCGCCGACGACCGCCGUGUGGUCGAGGAGUGCGACAAAUUUCUCCUGGUGCAGACCGGCGACGAUCCGGUUGGCUUAUUGUACAGGAGCGCGAGGGACCAGAUGAGGGCGUUCCACUCGAGGCCAGGGGAUUGGGGAGAUCGUGACCUCUCCGAUGCCGAGGCGGCCGAUUCCAGGGGGGACAGCGAGACCGAGCGAUGUGCAGCGUGGUGGUUUGAGCAUGGACGUGCCCACCCGAAGUUGCACACCAUCGCCAUCCGUGUCAUGCACUUAUGGACGUCUGCCUCUCCAGCGGAGAGGAACUGGGUGGAGCACGAGCGCGUCAGCACGGCGAGGCGCUGCAAGCUUGGGUUCGCCAAGCUUGCACAGCUGGGUGGUGGCUACGUAUUGCCAUGGGUUAUGGGGACCUGUCAGGGGGGGACGGCGACAGAGGAGGAGGAUGAGGAGGGAGAUGUGGAGCCCGAGGUGUGGGGAGUGCAACCUGAUAGCAGUGUUCUCGAGCAGGAGAUCCAGCGGCAGAUUGUCGCUUUCCGUGACAGCCAACCGUCCAGAGCCCGUUUGGUUCAGGACGUGUUCGGGAGCAGAGCGACGGAGCUGCGACCGUGGCCGGAGGUUGGGGAUGAUGUGGAUGCUGCAGCGGCAGACGACGACAUCGACCACUGGACUGACGAUGAUGACAUGCCGCUGAGUCGCGACCCGACGGUUGAGCGAGUGUACUUCACUUACGGUGGGGUUCGUGACGACAUGGAUUCAUUCACAUCAGUUAUCACUGGUGAUGUGUCGUCGACCACGCAGGCGAGUGGCAGCAGCAGAGACGGAAGUGGUCGUGAAGGACGUUUGCAUGCGGAGGUUCACGUGGACGACUCGGGGGAGCAGCAGCCACGGGGAGGUCUUCGGCAUACAGGCAGGCGUUGGGAGGUUAGGAUUGACAGCGAGGCCGAGGGGGAGGCCGAGGAUGAGGAGGUGCCCCUUCGCAAUCGUCGCUUCUCUCCCUCCCAUCAUCCGAUCUCUGCACAGCCCGAGGCACUUAGGCGUUCGGAGAGGUUGGCGUCGGCAGCAGGCAGAGACCGGACACAUGACGGCGAGGAUCGUGGGGGGGAGAGGACUCCUUUCGACGCCGAUUUCAAUGUCGAGGGACAUCGACGUGCCUCACCGCAGGAGGUGCGCACAAAUGCGGACGUUGAGCGGGGCCCUGUUGAGACUGAGGAGGAGAGGGAUGCCCAUUUGGACCGAGAGGAGGAGGAGCAGCUGAGGAGUUUGCCACAGUGGGAGGGUCGGUUCGCAUAUCUCGACGAUCAGCGUCGACAGAGGGACUUGGAGACGGGAGGGGGGGGGAGCCGUGACGUCGACGACUCGGGUGUCCCUGAGGAGGAGGUUCAGGGGGAGUUCGAUUAUGAGGGGCACGAUGCCGCCGUGAGUGGUGGAUCAGGUGGUGGACGACGCGGCGACGAGGAGACCGCGAGUGUCCCUGAGGGGCAGGAUGUUGUCAUGGGCGGUGGGUCCCCUAGUGGGGGCCGUGGCAACAGUGAGACCGUGGGUGAUGAGGGACAGGGUGCCGCAGUGUGUGGCAGAGGAGAGGGUGGACCCGGUGGAGAUGGGGAUACCGCGGGUGUCGGUGGAGACGAUGGACAGGACGGCGACGAUGAUGACGACCACGGUCCCGAGGACGAUCCGUAUAGGGUCGCCUUGGUGUUGAGCCCCACAGUGCCUCCCUUGCACCGGGAGGACACAUCGCACACUUUCCUCGACGUCGACGCUUUGGCGCACGCGUUGACGGAUGACCGUUUCGCACACGUGAGCCGCAAGAGCGGAAAGCAGCGGGCCCCUGGGAGGGUAUAUUCACCGCUGCCGUUCACAGUGCAGAGCCCUCACUGGUCGGGUUCGUCGCUCAGCGGCGUGAGAGGGAGGGACUCCGGUGCGGGUGAGGUGGGGUCCGACAGAUGCAGCGACGACGGUAGAGAUAGUGCAGGAUCGAUGCCUCCACCGCCCGCACGGACUCCGGAGGCCAGGGUCGACACCGGGGACACGACGGCGGCACCCGGAGUUGCGCACAGUGGCAGUUCCCCGCCGACAGUCCGAGGUGGUGUGGGUGGCGGAUGGUCAGCUGUUCGUCGGGUUGAGGACCGGUUGCGGGCGGAUUACGACGCCGGGAGGGGUGUCUUCACGGGACGUACGGCUGUUCAGACGCAGGCUGUGGAGGGUGGGUCCGGACGUCCGAGCCUGCAGAUGGCAGGCCGCAUGCUUGGUUUGUCACGAGCGGAGACAAGGAGAUCAUUGCGUUACUCUAAGCUGUGGGGUGGUGGUAGCAAGGAUCGGGAUGACCGCUUCGACAAAAUCUAUGGUCUUCUUGCGGAGCAGGCAGAAGAUCGGGAGCAGCGGAAGCAAGAGUUUGCAAAGCUUGAGCUAUUGAAAAUUGAAAAGAAGAAAUUGCAGGCGGAGGAAGAGAAGUGUGCACGGGAGAAGAAGGAAAGAGAACUGCAGGAAGCUAGACUUGGGAAGAUUGUGAAAUCAAGUAUGAAAGUCGUGUGUGAAUCCGUUGUAGGGAAGAAGGUAGACAUUCCCGAUGAUGACGAAUCGGAGGUUUGUAAGCUUAGAAGGGAGUUGGAUGUUCUCAAGGCUCAAUGCACGGGAGGAAGCAGGGAAUCGACAUUGGAUGCGCUACGGAAGGAGAAGGAAGCGCUACAAACGGUACAAAAUCGAUGCAGCGAGGAAGCCAACUUGAGGCAUGAAAUUGAGGAGUUAAAACUACGGAAUGAGAAGCGGAAGCUGGGGGAGGAGUCUGAUGAGAUCGUCGCCUUGCGUCUACAGAUGCAGGAGCUGGAGAAAGUUCGUUUGGUCCUAGAUCAGCGCAGCGCGGAGUUGAACACACUCAAAUCGGAGAAUGCUCAUCUUAAGAAGGACGUCCUUGACUUGAAAGGGGUUGUUGAUGACAUCAAAGACUCCGGAAAGCGCUCAAUGGAUGAUGUUACGGCCAAGAGUCCAUCGAGCGAACCUGCGAAAAGUAAGCAGCGUAUGGUUCCCAUCGGCGAUGCUGUGUAUACUCUGAAGGAUCUGGAGGCGCUACACAAGUUUUACAAGGAUCCGGAGGCUCCUGAUAAGGAGGUGCAAGUUCUUAAAGAACGCAUGGCCAAGAUGGGCGCGCAGCUUCUCAGUAAGGGAGUAUAGUUUUGCGCAGACCUUCUGCGAGGAAAACUACUCCUCGCAAUCUUAAGCCUAUCCUUAG